AUGGCUCUUGAUCGGUCUUUGAAUUGUAGCGCCGUCGUGGGGUCGUGGAAGAAAUCAUCGAGGCGAUCGAAGCGAUGGUGUCAGUUAAAACUCGGAGCCGACGAGAUUUUGGCCGCCCAAGGUCUCGUCAUGCUCGCCAGAAGCGGCGGCGGUCCUUACCCAUCUCCCCCCGCCGCCAAUCACCUGAUCACUGGAGAAGCCAAACACGGUGGUAACAAGCCUGCCAUCUCCGCCGCCGCUUCACUCGACUUCAAGAUAUCUCAAGAAUGGGUCCCUACUACGCCGUGCCCGCCGCCGGCCGUGCCCAAAUCGUACAGGAGUUGCGCCGACUCCGGUAAGGGUUUCAAUUCAUACCAGGCGCUCGACAGAAACCCUGACGCCGUCAUCCCCGCCAUCCCCGCCGCCGCAAUCGAAAGAAACCCAUACGCCGUCAUCCCCGCCGCCGCAAUCGAAAGAAACCCAUACGCCGUCAUCCCCGCCGUCGCCGCCGCGUCCACCAGAUGCACCUCCGGCAUGAAUCGGAGUGGUAAUAAGCUUCACGAGUGCGAAAUCUGCCACAAAACCUUCACAUCGGGACAGGCUCUCGGCGGCCAUAAGCGCAAGCACUAUGAAGGCGUCAUCGGCGCCGGUUCUAAAAAGAGCCGGAAAACCUCCUCAAACGGCGGCGCAGCCACCCAAAAGAUGAUCCGGGAUUUUGACUUGAACCUGCCGCCGCCGCCUGAUGAUCAAGAUUUCAAGUUUUAA